UAAAAUUUCUCAAAUAUUUUGGAGAGUAUUAAGAUGAAAUCAAAGAAUUUAAUUUAAAACCCAAAAGUAAAAAUUCAUCUGCUUUUUUAACCUCAUCAAAAAAUGUUUGGAGUUCAUCAACUUCUUCGAGAAGAAUAUAUUAUUCCAGAUGAAAAAAUUACAAAAAUAACAUUCCAGAAAAUUGCGGAACGAUUUUUAAAAUUUUAUAACCGUUAAAAAUUAAAUGCGUGACAAAAUAUUUUGUAAAUUUUAAUUUUAAUUAUAAAAUGAGAUAAGAAAUGAAAAUAUAAUGUAUUUAGCUUUAUAAUUUCUUAUCUUAAUCAUUAAAUCAUGUAGAAUUUAAUUUUAAUAACAUAAAAUUAAAUUCUUACAUUGAUAUUUCUAACGGUAAAAUAUUCAAAAAUAUCCGCAAUUUUCUGGCAUGGAAUAAUUUUUCCGCAAUAAUCUGGAUUUGGAAUAGUUUAGUCGCGGAAAAAUAUAUUCUUCUCACUUCUUCA